AUGAAUGAAACUACAAGCGAGGAGGGAUUCCACUCCUUCGGAAUCUACGUUUUAGUCAUCCAAAUAGUUCUAUUCUCCAUAGUAUGCCUAGUUGGGCUGGUGGGCAACACUCUGGUAAUCUACGUGGUGAUCAGAUUCUCCAAAAUGCAGACAGUGACGAACAUGUACAUCGUGAAUCUAGCAAUCGCCGACGAAUGCUUCCUGAUUGGUCUGCCGUUUUUAAUCGUCACCAUGAUCAAGGAGCACUGGAUAUUCGGGCACAUGGCCUGCAAGGCCUACAUGAUCAGCACGAGCAUCAACCAAUUCACCAGCAGCAUCUUCCUUUGCAUCAUGUCUGCUGACCGAUACAUCGCCGUGUGUCACCCGAUUUCUUCGCCAAGAUGGCGGACUCCUUUCAUCUCGAAAAUUGUGUCGCUCUUGGCGUGGACAACGAGCAUACUGCUGAUCAUACCGAUCAUACAGCACGCCAAAGAGCUGGACCAAGGCGGCCACAAAUCUUGCGUGAUCAGCUGGGGCAACCCCCAAAAUUACUCCUACUUCAAUAACUCGGAAGCCGAUGGUAUACCGCAAGAAACCAUCUACAGCAUGUACACCUUCAUAUGCAGCUUCGCGGUGCCGCUGAGUUUGAUACUCGUUUUUUACUUCGAAGUCGUCAAGAAACUGAAGCACGUCGGACCGAAGAACAAGUCCAAGGAGAAGAAGAGAUCGCACAGGAAAGUCACCAAUUUGGUUUUGACUGUUGUCACAGUCUACGUCAUUUUUUGGCUUCCGUAUUGGAUUAUGCAGUUGGCCAGCAAGGGUGAAGAUGUAUCUACAUUUGCAAUAACUCUUCAUCUACUAGCGUCAUGCCUGAGUUAUUCAAACUCGGCUGUGAACCCAAUCCUGUAUGCUUUUCUGAGCGAUAACUUCAAGAAAAGCUUUCUUAAAGCAUGCACCUGCGCAGCGAAGGAUGUCAAUGCGCAGCUUCAUUUAGAAAACAGCGUUUUCCCGCGUAAAACUAAGCACAACUCGGAAAGGUUUAGACCGACCAGGGCCACCUCUCUUUGUCCCAAUAAUGAUGAAGAGUGCGACGUUGGGCCAUUGAUGAAUAAAGGAGACGCUUCCACUUCCAUUACCAUGACCAGUAGAACAAACAAUGCCACUUGUUUAGGGGAUAGCAGGGAACGAUUGCAAAGGUAUACCAAUAAAAAUGGGGUGGUGAUUUCCCAACCAACCAGUCUAUAA